AACUGGCAACGUAGGAAAAAACAUGGUGGAUAUGAAACCCUUGCGUCACUAAACACCUGAUGUAUUUUCUGUGUUUUGCUAAUUUUCCGAAAUAAGUUUUUUAAAUUGGGUUCUAGUAAUUACUAAAAAUUAAAACCGGUUGGACUGGCAGAAUUCCAUUCUUUUGAUUGGAUAUCUAAUAUUCAGAUGCCAGUUGGCGCCCGAAAAAGUGGCUUUCUACUUUUGAAUGCUGCCCAGUCAUCUAUCUUUUUAUAAAAGGUGAAUCAACCACUGCAAUUCAGCUAUCUCAACAAUAUGGAAGGACUACAAAACAAUUUCACAGCACCAAAUCCUCCAACUGAAGUGGCACGAAGAUCUGUAAAUAGCAACAACAACAUGGAUCCAUCAUUUGUAUCCUUGUCUUUCAUUACUGAUGACGAUAUACUGGAAGAAUUCAAUACGGUUAAUGAAACUGUACUAGAUGAUUAUAGCCAAGCCAGCACAGCAGCUUUAAGCAUCUCACAUGGAAGUAAUGUAUCACAAAUUGUCUCUCGAAUUUCCGAAAGCCCAGCUAUGGAUAACAUGUUGACCUCUCAGCUUAGUUCUGAACCUGAUUCAAAUCUCAAUUUGUCAAGGCCUAGUCUUGAUUCCCCCAGUGCAGAUACAGCAAUUAUUGAAGAUGAUGAGGAUGUCCUACCUGCCUCACCAAUUCCCGCAAAUCAGCCAAGUUGUAGGAGGACUCCAGUAAGUUUGUCGCGGUCUUCAGCUUUUGUGACCAUGGCUAUUGGUUCUCCGGUUCAGGGAUCCCUACGGACGCUACGUAACAUUGAAGAGGCCGCAUCUAGUACUGUUCCAGAUAAACUUGAUUCAUCCCCAGAGGCUAACGAAGCUACUGCGAAAACGAGUCCGAACGUGGAAGCACUUUGUAGCAUAUCGAAAUCGAAAUCGAUGCGCCAAAUUCAGUUCGAAAGUGAUAGCGGGUCCAACCAAUCGGCUGUGAUUGAGUCUCCAUCGUCGUUCCUGUCGGAGCCAAAUAGGGGUUUCGACAACUCUAUUCAAAAGCCUACAGUGAGUCGUCCGGCGGAACCUCCCGAAGACACCGAUGAUGGAAUUGAAUUUGUUGCAGAGGUCAGACGCAAGAUCCGUGAGGAACCAAGUUCUCCUCAAAGUUCAGUGGCAAUUCCUGCCGCCCAGCCACGCCGGGAGGCGGAUUCUGCAUCACAACACUUGACCCCACGGCUUACUCAAUCGCCGUUAUCUAUUCCAUACUCACAAGAUCUAUUGAGCACCUCACCUUUUCGUGAUCCAGAUUCACAAAGCCAUCGUUUUGUCGAGUGUUUUCAGACUCAGGAUCUAGUAUCCCGCGCGAAUCAUUCACCUGGUGAAACUCCUCAACUUCCGGCAGACAUCAGUAAUGACAUAAGUUCCAAACUCGAACUCAGUGCCGAUUUGAGCCCUCGAGAGUCCCCAUCGAAUGGGCCUAAGAUUAAGGUCGAUCAUUCCGUUCCAACUGUCAGCACACCGAAUUUUCCUGAUGAAGUGAAGGUCGAGGAAAAAGAUUGUCGCAGUAGUAAUGAAACAACACAACGUAUGUCGUCGCAGGAGAAUACCCCGGAAAUUGAACCGGAACAAUGGGUUCCAUUCGAAGCAGUAACUCGAAUUUAUAACUCUCUAGAAAGGGCUUGGGUCAUUCGAACUUUUAGCAAAAUGUUACCCGUGUCAAAAAUGGAAAAGGCACUUUCCGGAUCGGUGUCUGAACAAGUGCGGAUGGGUUUGUUUGACAAUAUGGAUUGCGAAACAUUGCCCGGUUCACGGCUUGAAUCGUUUGCUGAACUUUUACACCGUCAUGUUAGCCAGAGUUCAAGUGGAUACAAUGCAGAUGUAUCUGGGAGCUACAAGUCGGAUUCGGCUUCUUUGCGAAUGUCCCGCUUCUCUAUCGCAUCCAACUUUGAAACGGCUCCCAUUGCCUGUAGUUCUAUGUUAAGCAGAGCCAGCCUAGAACCACCAGUUUUACCUGUCAGCAGCGAAUUCGCUAUGCCUAAGCACCCCGUUCGGCAGAAAGCGACUCGCUCGGCCAACGCUGAAACAGCAAUACCAUCCAGUCCUAGCGCACUGUCGAAAGAAGAUGGCACCGUUCCUCUUCCCUCGCACCCCUCCUUAUACCCAGAUUCGACGGAAGGUUCAUUGGCUGUGGAUGUAGCAAAUGGCACGGCCACGACCGGAAUGAAAGAUGAAGAACCGCGACGUUUGACAGAACAGGAGGCAUAUACGGAAAUAAAAAUUAUACGUAAACGUGGACGUAAGCCCAAAAUCCCUGAAAUGAUAAAGGAAACGGAAACUAGCAGCGAAACGCCACCGAAGAAAGGCCGGCGAGGUCGCCCACCAGCGGAUGGAACUCCAGCCAAAAACAAAUCAGGCGGUACGAAAAAGAAUCAACAAUCCGAGAGAACGGAAUCCAGUGAUAAUGGUCCUGCGGCAAAUCAACCCAACCCUGACCAGCCAAAUGUAGACCCUGGUAAUGCUAAAUCGUCGGACGAUUAUGUCACAGAGGUGGGAGACGUGUUACGAGAUUUACGCCACAAUUCCUACGAAAUAAACAAACCAGUUUUUGCACAAUGGACAGAUAAGUGUUUUUAUGCGGCCAAGAUCACCCAACGUGACUCAGUACAAACAGGAAAAUGGACGGUGGUUUUUGAAGAUGGUCAAUCACGAAGUCUAGUCGAAGAAUUUAUUUUACCUGUUUCACUUUUGAGCAAAAACCAACCGAUCCUAGUCCUCAACGAAAACCUGUGCGAAGGACGGCCUGGUGUUGUUAUUGGCUAUAGUAAACUGAAACCUACUGAAUCAGAUGAAAAAAUGGAGCAUUUGGUAGAAAUGGAUGGCUGUGAAACCAUUAAAGUCCCGAGAAAGAGGAUUUGUCUAACGCAAGAACAUAUACGACAUUGGAGCGAUUCGAUAGUGGUGCCACAGCUUUUUUCUCCCCACACGUGUAACGUCAGUCUAGACAACAUUCUGGGUGGGAAACGUAGAAGAGCGACGACCACCGAGUUAAUAGUCUCUUCACCUCAGAAAACGCCGCGAAACCCUCGCACUCCGAGAUCUAGAUCGGAGACCCCAGCAGUUGCACAAGACCAAACACCUAAGCGUUCAGUUUCGAAUACGGGAUCACUGCGCAAAAAAAUUACGGGAAAAAGAGACUUGACGCUGGACACGUCUACCAUGAGCGAAAGUAGUGGCACUUCGUUUCUUCAACAUGAAGAAACUUCACUGCGAAGUCGAAUUCUCGAUCGAAUGCAUUCGACAUUGGUAGGCCGCACAACAGUUCAAAACGUAGUUGAAGAGGAGAAUAUUGGAGAGACGAAAGAAGAGGUGAACUUCGACAUUGCAGGACCCAUUCCCGAAAACAAUCAGCUUUUUUCCGGAUUUGCUUUUCUUCUUACGAAGGCAACAAGACCUCUUGAAGUGGACCCUGAUGAAGUGACUGAUGAAGUUGAACCGUACAUUAAUCCUUCUCCCUAUUACAAGGAGCAUAUUAAGCGUCAGUUGACGGCAGGUGGUGGAAGGGUGCUAGAGCGCUUCGAUCUAAGUCAACUGGAGAUGGACGAAGGAACAGUAUUGAUUGUUUGUAACCGUCCUUGUCGCACUGAGAGGUAUAUCCGAUCUCUUGCCGCGAACAUUCGCGCGGUCUCUCACGACUGGGUUUAUCAAUGUUGUCAAAAGAACGAGAGAUGUAAUUACCAGCGUUACCUGCAGCCGCCCGGCAUCGAUCUUCAAGGAAAUAUUGUCGAGUGGUCUCCUACUACUGGUCGCUGUUUUGUUGGCACGCGCAUCCUUUUGCAUGGACCACCACAAUUCAACGACCUUUGGGUACCUAUCCUCGUCCAAGCGGAAUGUAUAAUUGUUUCUCGUUUACCUGCGCGCUCAAGCAAACACGAACCUGAAGGUGCAAAUGGUGACAGCACCGAGGCUGAAAAAGCACUUUGCGAUGAUGUUCCAUUUGAUUACGUAGUUACAACCAAAGACUGCCCUGCUAAAAUUGUCGAUCAGGCUCGUCGAAUGAAGAUUCCGCUUGUCUCAUCUUUGUGGGUUAUUCAAUCAUUAAUUCAAGGCAAGAUAUUAAACCCCUCGUCGAGUCCACAGUUCAAUUUUGACUACACAAAGCCGUGAUGUUUUGUUUUUAGCAUCUCAACCGUUUGAAUGUUUGAAAUUCAAACACAAAAAGAGCAAAAUUCCGUAUGACCGUUAGAUAACAGUGUUCAUUUUAACUUUUUUUAAUUUUAAUUGUCAAAAGAUGACUUCUGGAUUUAGUAUCGAGUGCCAUGUCGUGGCUUUUUAAGCCCUUAAGCCCCUUAGUUUUUCUUUUAUUUCCCUUGUGGAUGUUCCCAUUGUCACAUCCCUUCACCACUGAAAGUAUGUUUGUUGUGAAACAAUUAAGAAAUACAUCUUUACGUGGUGCUAAAAUGGUCAAUUAA